AUGAGCGAAGUAGAAAAUUUAUUGCAGAACGCGGUCUCGCAGAAUAUUUUACAAUUACAACAAGCGACAGAUGAAUUAGAUAGGAAAUUACGACAGACUGACUUUCUUGAUCUUCUUCACGCAUACGCUAUUUCAGACGCAGAUUCUUCUCUACGUUUAAGCGCAAUUAUUGUAGUCAAAAAUAAUCUCAUAGGUUUCUGGAGGAACAUUAAAUCCUUACAAUUGUCAGACAACGCUAGGUUUAACAUACGGAAGCGUUCAAUUGAGUUCUUUGACGUAAAUGAUGACAAAAUAUCAUCUUUAAACUCAAUCAUUUUAUCUAAAAUAGCUAGAAUUGACUAUCCACGCUAUUGGUCGACUUUAAUUGAAGAUAUCCUCGCACGUUUGGACGUUGAUCUUGCAUUACAAGAUGCAACUCAUUUGACGCGUCUCAGAAGGGCAACUUAUACGCUACAUUUGAUUGUAAAAGAGAUUAGCGCUAUAAGGAUUGCUAAUAAGGCUUUCCCGGGUCUAUACGCAACCCUCUUCAACUACAUGCUCAACCUAUACCAAUUGGCAUUCACAAAUCUUAAUCGCAAUCUCGACUGGAUACAUAUAGCAAUUUACUCACAUAAGACACUAUCGCGUCUAUGUUUACACAAUUUCAACAGAUCAAGUGACGAAGAGCUCGCUAAUAGCGCGUCAUUCACUCAACUCACCAUCUCGCACCUGCCGCACGUCCUCGAAUACAAGUCAAACUCUGAUAUCACGAUUCUUUUCAAGUUAGUUAAUAGCUUUACGAAACAUUUAAAGUUACUUCAAUCGACGAAUCAGCGGAAAUUCUCUUCAAUUCCAAAUGUAGAAUUGAUAAUACCAUUGUUAUUCUCGCAGAUUACCAGUUCACCUUAUACGCCUUCACCACCGAAGUACAUUAUUCAUAUCCUCCUCAUACUCAAGCUCACAUUGGCUGACUGGACGCCGAAUAACGUCAACAAAGAUAAUCCAAAUGCUGUCAUAAGCGAUGAAUAUGCUGUCCAGAUUGUUCACUUCCUCAUAGCAAAUUACAUACCACUCACUUCACAGGAUCUUGAACGAUGGGAUAGUGCACCUGAAGACUGGGUCUAUGAGGAUGACCUGGAUCAAUGGGAAAUCGACCCUCGUCCAUGUGCAGAAAAUCUGAUAGUAGGCACACUCAUAAAGCGUCGCGAAGCAGUCGGUGCUCACAUCUGUACUAUGCUUCAAGAAGCAUCGUCACUCGAAGCAACAUCCACGAACCUAAUAAUGAAAGAGAGUGUAUACCGUAUCGUUGGAAAGUGCGCAGAAUACCUCUAUGAUCAGAUAGGCUUUGAGGAAUGGCUUGACAAAUCUCUCAUCCCAGAAGUUCAAAUUAGUGGCUCUGAUCAGCGCAUUUUAAGACGCAGAAUUGCUGUAGUUCUUGGUCGCUUCUCUGGUGAGAGUCUCUCUCCUGAAGCUUUCACGAAAAUAUACACCAUCCUACUUCAUUGUCUUCGUCCAACUGAAGUCGCAAAUGAUGUUGCUGUUCAAGUUACAGCGGCAAUCACCCUCUCUGGUGUUGUCGAUACAUGGGAAUUCAACCCCACCCUCUUUGAGCCAUUCCUCAACGAUAUCAUGCCAGAAUUAAUACGCAUCUUAAGUGCGUGUGAGAUGGUUGAAGUCAAGCUUCGCGUUCUGAAGAGUGUGACCUGUAUAAUUGAUCAAGUUGGUGAUAAAGCUAUACACUAUGGACCUCGCUUGCUUGAGCUCGUUCCAGGAUUGUGGGAUGAUUCAGAAGGAGAUUGGCAUUUCCGUGGUGGAAUUCUUUCCAUGCUUUCGCGCCUUGUUGCCGCAUUACAGGAAGGAUCGAAUAGGGCGCUCGGAAUUGUGGUCCCUCUCAUCAAGUCAGCUUUAGAUCCAUCACAGGGUAAACCAUUCAUAGAUGUCGACGGUAUUGAACUUUGGCAAACUACUCUCAAACAUACACCAGGACUGGACGAAUCGUUGGUGUCACUACUACCAUUGGCUUUGGAGACAUUCAAGAACGACCUAGAUUUAGCUAACGACGUGGCGCCCGUUAUUGAGUCUUAUAUAUACCUUUCACCGGAGCUUGUUCUUUCACAAUUUUCUCCAGCACUCUUUAGUGCAAUCAAUGAGACAUUAGAUUACGCACAGGACAGAUUGCGUGAUCAAAUAAUCGACAUUUUAAACCUUGUCACAAUCGCUGGCUCACCAUCUAGUUGGGCGAAUGCCCUCAAUGAUACAGGAUUAUUCCGCGAUUUAUUCGUAAAACUCAUCGAGAACAAGGAAUCACCUGUAUAUCUCUCCAAAUUUAUUCUGUUCUUCAGCAGAAUCUGUAUAGUUGAUACUGAGAUGUUCGUCCAAUUAGUCCGAAUGUCAGCGGCAAGUUUGAACGUACCUGAGGAGGUCGCACUCGGAUACUUGCUCGAUAGGUGGUGGGAUAAAUGGGACAACUUGGUUGACAACUAUGAGAGGAAGUUAAGUGCAUCAGGUCUUGCGCGCCUCGUUGCAAGUGGUCAUCAAACUGUCCUUGAACGCCUACCUGGUGAGAUCAGCAAUGUCUUCGUUGACGUACUUGCAGAAAUAAAAGAAAGACGUAUGGAGUCAGAAGAAGGUGGUAACCCAGUUGUCAAUAUAACACCCAACCCAAUGUUAAAUGAGGUCGGAGAUGAAGGUACAGCUGAAAAAACUAGGAAACUUGCUAUAUAUUCCAAUGACCCACUUUCAUCAUUCACUUUACCUCAGUUCAUAAGUCACAGUCUAGCACAUGCUCAGCAGACCUUCAGUGGCGGUCCAGACGCUUUUAAUGAACGCUAUUUCAUGCAAGCCGAUCAAGCUGUCACGACCCAACUGGUAAAGUACAUGAACGAGACAUUGUAAAGAAACAGUUAAAAUAUGCAUUAAAAAUCCAGAAUC